CACCACAUUUAAUUUCUGCUUGUUUUUCCCCCCUCUUCAUUUUCUAAUAAACUUGAUAACCAAUUCAUUUUAGUUGUAUUUUUUAUUCCCAUAUAUGCGAAAAACAUAAAAUAAAAAUGCUUUGAAAAUUCGUGUGAAACAAUUGAUUUGACGCCCUUUUGCUAAAAUUACAUUGCAAUCCGCCAUAGUUUUCUUUUAUAAGUGUGUUAGUGUGUGUUCAAUUUUAAAUCUAUUUUUUGUGAUUUCCAACAACAAAAAAAUCAAAUAAAACAAAAAAUAAUGAAACGUAUUUUUUUUAAGAAAAAAAAACAAAGAAACAAAUAUAAACUGUAAAUUGCUACAGAUUUUCUUGGAUUCAAACAUUUUGAAAAAAAAAAACAAGAAUUGGCAAACAAAAAAAACCUCACGUGUGUGCAUGUGAAAAAAUUUUGGAAUUUCCAUACAUAAAAAUUUCAACAAUGCAAAAUGAAAUUUUUUCAGAUGUUGUGAUUAAUCCAACUGUAACUCCCCUAAAAUCAAAUAAAACGACUACAAUCCCGAAAAAUCAAGUACAUUCCAAAAUCGAUAUUAAUACGAACCGAAAUAAUACUCGAGAUACAACAAUUCAUUUAAAGAAAAAUGAAAAAAAUUGUGAUGUAUUGUUAACUAACAAGUUGUUUGGACAAAAUUUUGAAAAUUUAACAAAAGAUUUUAAUUAUUCUAGGGCCGGUAACCAAAAUCAAUUAGUAACUAAGAAUAAAUUCAAAAGAACUGAUGAAUUUUCUGAUAGAAAAUCUGAAAACAACAACAACAACAGUGAAUCAUCAUCAGAAAAUUUAGAAAAUGAAAAACAAAUUGAAUUGAUGCAAGGUGAAAAAAACGAUAUUGAAAAUAAAAAUAUUUCUCUUUCUUCUAUCAGUAAACCUUAUCCCUCUUUGAAUAACAAUAUAAAAAAUGACGAUGAACUUAAAACAGAUGAAUUAAGUGAAAUUGAUAUUGAGAGAAAUCAAUUGCAAUCUUCAGUUAAAAAUACUUCAAAAGAUUUAAAUUUGCACUCUGAUUAUAUUGUAAAAGGAAAUCAAAAAAACGAUAAUAAUAAUACUUUGGAACAAAAAGAUUUAAUAUUAUCAAAGGGAAAUUUAUCAUUACAAAAGAAUAUCCGAGAUGUAUCAUUACAAUGGUGUAUACGAAAAAAAUGGCCUCAUCCAUUUGAAUUGAAUGAAUGUGGCAACAAUGACCUGAUAAAAACAGAAAUAAAUGAAAAUAAUAAUGAUAUUUCAAUUGAAAAUAGUUCAAUAACUGGAGCAAUAGCAUUAAAUGAAAAUAAAAUAAAUAAAAAUCAGAAUGAAAAUAUUGAAAAUUCUUUUGAAAAAAUUAUAUUGAAAUCACCAUCAACAUUUCUUUCAAAACAAAAAAAUUCUACAAUACAAAGAAUCAAAGAAUCGCCUCUUUUCAAAAGUAAAAAUAAUCAUUAUAAUGAAAAAAAUAAUAUAAAUGAUGAAAAAAUACAAAAUUAUAACCCCUAUGGUGAUAUAAAAUUUCAAGAGGAAGGCCAACCACAGUGUAAAACAAAUUCAAUUAUAUGUUUUCCACCAAUUACAACAACAACAACAACAAAAUCUAAAAAUUCAUCAGCUAUUUGUGAUUCUGAUUCAACGGCAUUACAAAAAUUCUCAAACUCUUCUAAAACAAAUUCAACAUUAUUGUUUUUACCACAGUUAUCGAAAAAAGCAUCAUCGUCGUCUGAAAUUUUUUUAAGUAACAAUAAUAUAGAAAACGAUACUGAUGACACCAAUUGCUCUAUUGUUAAUGUCAGCAGGAAUUUUUUUGAAAAACAAAAAAUAUUUUCACCGUCAGAAAAUGAAAUCAUAAAAGAAACAACAACAACAGCACCAAGUAAAAUAAUAAAUGAAAAUAUAUUUACUACUAACAAAUCAGAAAUACCAUCAUCCCCACUACUACAACAAUCAUCUAUACAAAAACCUUCAACAUCCUUAAUAUCAGCACUAUCUUUAAAAGCAAAUUCUUUUGAGAUAAAUAAAAGAAAUGAAGAAGAAGAAGAAGAGGAAGAUAAAUGUAUAUCUGGAAAUAUAAAUGUUUUGGAUUGGGAUGAUGUCAACGUAGUUGAUAAAGAUAAAAAAAAUUCAGAAUUUAUAAAAUACCCGUUAAAUGAAAAUGAGAACAUUUUUAGAGAUAUAACGAACGUUACUACUACUACUUCUACUUUUACUACUUCUACUGUUAAUGCCACAGCCCCCUAUUGUGAAAGGAAUAAAAAAUUUUUAUUUAAGAAAAAACAUAAUCAAAGAUUUAAAAAUUCUCAGCAAGACUCUAAUAGUAAAAGUCUACCAAAUUUAGAAAAUAUUAACAGAUAUAAUAAAUUUCACUCCUUUAAUAAUAUCAACAACAGUUUAUCCAGUUUAUUAAAAACUCAAAAUCAAUAUAAUAAUAAUCAUUACCCAGUAGAUAAUUGUCGACAAUCAGGCGACAAAAUUGAAAUAAUUACAAAUUCUGAAUCAAUUGUUCAAAUAAGAAAUUCACCAAUAUCAUCAUCAUCACCAAUAACAACAACAGUAACAACAAUAUCAUCAGAACCAUUACCAUAUUAUAAUAACUCUUAUACAUUAAAUAAUUCUAAUAAAACUUUAUCGUCAAUACAACUAAAUGAAACACCUUCCCCAUAUUAUUUAUAUAAUCAUCAUCAAUUUCAUGACACAUCAUCAACAGUAAAAUCACAAGCACAAAUAAACACAUCAUCAUCAUCAUCAGCAACAUCAAUAUCAAUAUCAUCGUUAUCAUUAGCACAUCGACUAGAACGUUUUAAUAAAAUAAGAAAAAAUUUAGUAGCAUCGGCAACAACACAACAACACCAACAACAACAACAACAGAGUAAUAAUAAUGAAAAAAAUUUUUUCAUAUCAGAUAAGAAUAAUAUUAAAAAAUUAACAAAUAACAGUAUAGAAAAAAACAUUGAAUGUGAUGGUAAUAAACUCGAUGAUAAGAGUAAAAAAAUUGAACAAAAUAAUCAAAAAGAAAAUAGUAGCAAUGAUUGUAUAAUAAAUAAAAAAACUGAAAUAAAUAAGUGAAAAUAAAUUAAUUCGUCGCCGGAGAGUAAUAAUUAGAAAUCAUAACGGAACAAAUUCAAAAAAUGAUAAAAUAAAUUUAGAAACAACAACAAUAACAAAAGAAUUAACAAAUAAUAAUAGCAAC